AUGACGUUUGCGGGUGACGUGCUGACGUGUGCGAGCGACGUUGGGACGUGGGGCGAGCGCCAGCGCGAGGCGGAAGCUGGUCUGGGACAAGAUGGAGAUGAAGCCGCGCUGACCCGGCCCCGACACCGGCCCCGACACCGGCACAACCGCCUGCACUCUGGCGAGAGGCCCUUCACCUGCUCCGACUGUGGCAAGAGUUUCAAGACGGAGAAUCACCUGAAGGUGCACCAGUGGGUGCACACGAGCAAGGAGCCCUAUUGUUGCUCCACCUGUGGCAAGAGCUUUACCCGGGUGUAUGGGCUGCGGGAUCACCAGCGGGUGCACAGCGAUGAGCGGCCGUUCACCUGCUCCGACUGCGGAAAUGGCUUCAAGUCGUCGCCGGACGUGAAGCAGCACAGGCGCAUGCACACUGGGGAGCGGCCCUACACUUGCAAUGACUGCGGCAAGGGCUUCACCCAGUUAAGAAACCUGCGGGUGCAUCAACGCACCUACACCGGCGAGCAUCCCUACACCUGCACCCACUGUGGUAAGGGCUUCACCCACUCCACCAGCCUGCUGACCCACCAGCGCAUCCACACCGGGGAGCUGCCCUACACCUGCAGCGACUGCGGCAAGGGCUACACCCGCUCUGACAGCCUGCAGUACCACCAGCGCACCCACACCGGCGAGCGCCCCUACAUCUGCGCCCAGUGCGGCAAGGGCUUCACCCAGUCCUGUCACCUGCUGGUGCACCAGCGCACCCACAUUGGCAAGUGCCCUCUCACCUGCGCCCAGUGUGGCAAGGGCUUUACCCAAUCCUAUCAGCUGCUGAUGCACCAGCGCAUCCAUGCCGGCGAGCGCCCCUACACCUGCGCCCAGUGUGGCAAGGGCUUCAUCUGCUCCACCCAGCUGCUGUCCCACCAGCGGGUGCACGCCGGCAACCGCCCUGUCCCCAGCCCGGUGUGUGGAGAACGCUUUGCCGUGGCCUCCCACGCGCUGUCACAUCACCGCGUGCACACCAGUGGCCAGCCCUACGACUGCCCGUACUGUGGUGAGGCGUUUGAGAGCUUGUGGGGGUUGAGGCAGCACCGGCGGGCCCACGCCGGCGAGCAGCUGCUCCCACUGAGACGAGAGCAAGGGAGUGCAAGAGGAAAUGGCAUCAAAUGCAUUAGUGAUGCUCACACAAUGUGUGCCGGGCUGAAUUUGCAGAGCUGA